AUGAUUCACAACCUGACUUGCCUAUUGUUUUUUUUUGCCUAAUUAAUGUAAUUAGUGAGCCCCAUACUCUAAUUUCUUACGACAUCGGUUAAAAGUGGGCAAAAACUUCGUCUUUUAAACUUGAAGUGAAAAAAAUUAGGUCAAGCAAGGAUGGCGUUGGUGCCGCUCGCGCGAGACCGUGCACCGAACACUGUUUGGUUGUUACAGGUGUGGUCAACGCCACACAGAAAUCACUCUCUGUACGCUUGAAAAACAACUCUAAUGUCAUCAAAACAUAACCAACGAAACCUUGGUAGUGACUACAAGCUAAAAUCGUGACUAAUCUCCGCACCACCCAUUGCACCUUUCGAUUAUUAUUAAUUGUUGGCAACAAUGGCCGAUUACGACCAGAGAAAACGUCGCUCCCUCGCCGGUAACCUCGGCAUCCUCUUCUUCGUCAUCGCUUUCAUCCUCGUAACCGUGGCAUUUUCGACCCCCAGCUGGCUGGUGUCCGACUACCGCAUCACGGGGGCUAAACUCGACCGCUUCGGGCUGUGGAUGCACUGUUUCCGGUCGCUGCCCGACCCCUACGACCACAACCAGAACCGCUUCUUCAGCGGCUGUCGCUGGCUGUACGACCCCUUCACCACGGGCUAUGACAGGAUCCGGGGUUUCCUCAUUCCGCCGUUCAUGGUGGCCACCCAGUUCUUCUUCACGCUGUGUUUCAUAUCAGUUUUGAUUUGUGCCAUCUUGACCCUAUUGUAUUUCCUAUGCUGCGGCCCCGAUCAGAAGCAGUUCAUCACUUUGAUUCGGAUGAACGCGCUGAUUUUACUCGCAGGGGGUGUCUGUGGAUGCAUCGCGGUUAUUGUUUUUGCAUGUACGGCCAAUACGCAGGGCUGGAUGCCCGGACACGAUAACAAUUUCUUUGGCUGGUCUUUUGUCUUGGGGUGUGUGGGCUCCAUAGCGUGCUUGGUCGCCGCUGCACUGUUCUUAACCGAUUUGUACGUCCAGAGGAGGAAGAGGGAACAGUUAAUGGAGUCUCAGACGAGGUUUGAGCUGCAAAGGGAGACGAAGGCUUGACGAAAACGGAAACAUUCCAUCCAUGUGUACAAAUUUUUUGCUUUGUAUUGACUCGUCCAUUUUAUUUUUUAAGUAGUGGUGUUACUUAAACAAGUUAAGUAAUUCCCGUGGAGUAGAGGUCAGGAAUUGAUCUUAAUUAUUUAGUCCGUCCAUUAAUUAGUUGUUACAUUUUGACGAUUUUAUAACGACAUGUGAGAAUGCAACGCAAAAACCUGCCUUAAGAAAAGUCGCUUUUUAUAUCUAAUGUACUUUAUAACUAUAUUAAAGGUUAUAAUAAAGUAUUUUUUAUA